GUUAUGGAUGACUAUGAUGAACAAUCCGACAUCGCUGAAGCACUGCGGAUUAAGGUGGUCCCUCUCUUCCACUUCUACAUGCACAAAACCCUCGUGGAAUCUUUUCCCACACGUGAAAAGGCCCGCAUUCUCGAAACCAUCCAGAAAUAUGUGCCAAAUUUCCAGUCAGAUGACGAGUUUCUCGACGAUGAGUAUUUCCCGAGUGACGAGGAGUGA